UUGAAAGUAGAAAGGGGAAACAGUCUAAACGGACAUUAUAUAAUAUUGUUGUUGUCAAAGAAAAUCGAUUUUCUAAUUACACAUUUUCUGACGAUCGAUUUUGAAAAGGAAUUAUUCCAAACAAGUAACUACCUCUAUUUACUAAAUUUGUACGCGUGAUUGGCGCAAUUGGUGAUAACACUCGUAAUUCUGAAAUGGCACCACCACCAUCGUUUAGUGAUUUGGGAAGACAGGCCCGUGAUGUUUUCAGCAAGGGCUACAAUUUCGGUUUGUGGAAGCUCGAUUGUAAGCUCAAAACAGAAUCGGGACUCCAGUUUUCUACCGGUGGACAUUCCAAUAAUGACACUGGCAAAGUGUUCGGUUCGUUAGAAACGAAAUCGAAAAUUAAUGAUUACGGUUUGACAAUCAGCGAAAAAUGGACCACGCACAACAUGUUAUACACGGAUAUCACACAUACCGACAAAUUUAUCCAAGGAUUGAAGCUUAUUUUCGAAGGAUCAUUUUCACCCCAGUCGGGAAACAAGAACGGAAAGGUCAAGGCAUCGUUCAGCCAUGAUCAUUUUAAAACGGACACAGAUAUGAACAUUAACUUGGCUGGUCCAUUGAUCACAGUAUCAAAUGUUGUUGGUUACGGAGCAUGGUUGUUCGGCAGUCAACAUGUAUUUGAUUGUCAAAAGGCAAAAUUGUUUGGAACCCAAUGUGCCAUUGGCUACGUCGGUAAAGAAUUUGUCGUACAUACCAACUUGAGUGACGGUACAGAGUACAGUGGAUCCAUUUUCCACAAAGUCAGUCCGAGUUUAAGUACUGGCAUUCAAUUGUCUUGGAGUGCAAGGAACAACACUACCAAAAUUGGUAUCGCAGGAAAGUAUAACUUGGACGAGAACAUCACUUUGCGUGGAAAGAUUCAUAACAACAGCCUAAUUGGCUUGGGUUAUCAGCAAAAACUACACGAACGCAUUACGCUUACGUUAUCAACGUUGAUCGAUGCUAAAAACUUCAACGCUGGAGGGCAUAAAUUAGGUUUUGCGUUAGAAGUUGAAGCUUAAAGGCUCUAUCUGCAAUACAGAUUCUGUAUGUGUCGUUAUCGAACUCGUAACGAGAUUCACACCAGCACCAUUGUCACAAUUCGCAAUUGAUAUUAUGAAUGUUAAAAAGAGUAAAGUAAUCGAUAAGUAAUACAUUUCAUUCCAAUAUCGUUUUUAAGUCAUGCAUGCAUUCAGAACGUAUUCAUUAAGAUUAAAUUAAAAUGUGUAAGUUCACUCAGACAUAAAAUUGAAAUUUAUCAGAAAAGAAAAAUGUUUUGCUGUGACAGUAUUAAAUUCCUCUAAACUAAA